AUGGUCGUUCGUGUUAUCAACGAACGAAUCGUCCACACCUGGGUACCCAACGGCUUUUUCGUCCUGCACUUGUCGAAAUUGGAUGAGCAUGCAAUCGUCGGAGCUGCGACUUGCGCCCGUGGAGGAGUAAACUGGAUUUGGCUGGCUUCAUCACACGGAUACCUCCGUCGAGUGAGGCUUGAGCGAGAGACAGCUUCAACAAUACAUCUUGAAGAGCACUUCCUCUCGGGUCGGUUCGAAAGCGUCAAAAAGCAUGCUGCUGUUCAAUCUGACCACGCUUGUUCUCUUGAUAUUGGAGAUUUAUACUCCAUCAGCACGGCCAAUGCUAAAUCGUGCUCCUCUGGGCCGCCUCAAGAGCGUUGCAACUGCGUUAUUGAGGUAUUUGCGACACGGGGAUACACAAGGGUUGGUGCGCAUGACGGUCUGGUUUCGAAACCGUGCUCUCUAACCUGGCAAGGUUCCACAGAUGGAGUGGCACUUGUGCAAGUGGUGAGGGAAGGUCCAUUGCGGAAUGCCAUUGUCCAACCAGGCUUUAGCUCACCAGCCUUGAUUGUGACUGCUGCCACGGGUUCAGUUCGAGUAGUACCUGGCUCUAGUUAUUUUUAUGUCCACAACCAUAUGACUGAAGGCUCGGGACUUAGGGAGGUCGCAAAUAUGAACCAGACUCCAGUUUGGCAGACGCCAAGCCGCGGAAAUGACUUUUUCGUUGUUCUUGGCUGCUUUCGCGCUGGGAUUGUUCUUUUUCCUGGCAAGCAUGGAACCCUCAGCGUGUCUCGUUUCGUCUUGAAGGGAGGGUCCAACAAGCUCACACCUUACAGUGUUGUUAUUGUCGAGGCCACCGUAAACAGCCUCACGAUCGAGGAGAUCAGCACUGGUCGAAGAACGAGCUUCGCCUUUGAUCGAGAAAAUUCGACUAUGAGAAUUGAUCUUGACAGCAAGAGGAGGUUGACCACGAUAAGUAACUACGUGACCGACGAGGACCAAUCCUCGACCUUCAGAAAUCUCUUGCGUGGUAUUGAAACACUGGGGGAACGCGAGAAGCUGUAUGAGUCAGAAUGUAAAAGCAUUGAAGAACUCAUAUCCUCUUACAAUGUAGCCCUGAUCUUUGUUAGUGAAUGGAAGGAAAGGAACAGCGUGUCAAAAGGCUGUUUCGGCAGGAAAGCCUCAUGCAAGAUUGCUGUGGAUCUUUCGUCUGCAACAGCUUCACCGCGGCUUCAACUUCCUAAUCCUUUGCUUGGACGAGAAGUUUUUGCCACUGUCUCCUUCAGGAACGAAACUAGCGUUACUUUAGGAGAUGGCUGGAUGCUGAGGGUGGGGGUCUUCACGGACAGAGACUUCAAACAAUACAACGAAAUGAAUGUGUCACACGCGAUCAACAGCAACAAACGCACGAUCGAUGGGAAUACUCAAGUGAGGAGGGUAAUGAGUUACCCACUGAAGAAGGUAGCCCCAGGAGCGGUUCAGUCUGUUUCAUUUCCUGUGAUCAUUGAUUCGCACGCCCCAUUUAACGUUUCGGUGGCACUUGCCUUCCACCAUCCUGUCGCUUUUGCGCUUUCAGAAGAUCAUGUCGAUAUCGAAGUUCCUCUGCUUGAGAAUUUCACGCUUGACAUUUUACGUCUUUCAAGGCCAUCCCGGAACACAGAUAUCAAAGAUACAAGUCAUGAAUUGCUUUCCUCUCCCCAAGUCAUGGGUCUACUGAACCCUUCAAUUGUAGAAAAGCAACGAGGGUACCCAACAAUCUCUCGCUUCGAGGUUCCUUUUUCUCCUCGCGAUGUCAGGGAGGCUCUUUCCUUCACAGAGCCUUCGGCUUCAUUUGAGACACCCCUAGGAGCUCAUUUUACUGUCACCGUGGCUGAUGUAUCUUUGCGAGAUGGACGUAAGACUGUUCAGCUAAGCGCAAGCUCAGUCGCCCUGCGUGGUGUGCCACAUGUUUUGCCGUAUGUAAGGGCAGCUAUACUCCGGUUACUGUUGCAGGCUGUAUCGCAUAACUCGAUCAGAUUGAGGAGGAUUGCGGUCCGUGAUCGCGAGAAUAUCAAGAACUGGCUCCAGUUGGUAGUACAGACUUCGGAUGAGUGCCUACCAACAUUGCGCAACGCAGAAACAAAGCUCGUAGAGGCCUUGAGGUGUUUCCGCGGUAACAAAGAUGGAGAGAACGAUGGGCUCUAUCACGACAAUCAGAAACGAGACGCAACUCUCUCCGCGUUUCAAAGCGCGAAGGACCUAUACAUUAUGUGGCGACGCGAGAACGAACGGUUGUGGACUCCGAAAGGAGCAGCAAGUGUCUCUGAUAAAAAGCAUGUUGUAUGA